AUGGAGUCAUCCGCCGCGGGCGGCGACCCGCGCCCGUCGCCGUCCGGGGGCGCCACCCCUCCGCCCCCGGCCCCGCCUCCCCCGCCUCCCAGCGGGUGGCUCGCGGGCCUCGUCUCCGGCGCCGGCCGGCUCCUCGCCUCCGUGCUCGGCCCCUCCCCGUCCUCCUCCCCGCGCGGCUCCGGCCCCGCCGCGUCGGGCGGGUCCGCCUCCUCCUCCCCGACCUCGCUCCGGCAUCCCCGCGCGCGCGGCGAGGGCCUCCACGGCGGCGCCGGUGCUGAUUUUGAUGAUUCUAUGCGUGUCCCAUCGAAAAACAAUCAGUUAAACCAGAGUGAGGAGACUGACCUGAAAGACUAUACGCAGGGAUCCCUAGCAAUUGUCUCAGAAAUUGAGCCGAAAGAUGCCAUAAUGCAGUUGCUUAUGCAGGAAACCUACUCAAGGUCUGAGUGCAGUACACUAAUAAAGAUAAUUCAAGAGCGGGUUGUGGAUCCAGAUUCAGGUGGAAUUGCUGAUGGUGAGAUUGCUCUUCUGAUCAGUUGGAAGGCUGACAACCAACCAACCCUUGGAUAUUCUUCAUUUAGUCCAAAUGUGUCCUUGCCUUCAACAUCAAGCUUUCAAAUCCAUGGCCAUGGUUUUGAUAAUAGUGCUGCUGCCGACACAGUUCCAAUAUUAACUCCUGCCAGUCGUAGCCUCUUCAAUGAUAAUAAAGCUGACAAUAUUCAGCCUGCUUUCAAACGAAGGUACUCUGUUGUGCGGGAUAUCCCUGAGGACCUUCGAAGAGUCAGGACAAAGGCUGAUGGAAAUCCGAUACACAUCACAAAAUUUAAGAAAGUUGAUGUUGUUAGAAAUUGUCCAGUCUUUUCAGGAGAAGGCAAUAAACUGUUAUCAGAUGUUCCCCUUCUUGGGGCAAACAACUUAGCACAUUCUAACAUUGUCUCGAAAGUUGAAAGAGGUAAUGAAAAAUUGGAUGUCCCUGGCAAACCUCCGGCAGUGCCAAAUAAGGAUCUGAAGAACGGCUUUCCUUUGAAGUUGGAACCUUUGGAUGGUCUUAUUCCCUUUGAGCAGAAGAUGAUGGACUUGUCACACCAAAAGCAUAAGGAUGCUGCAAAAGAUGACUCAGGUUCUGUUUCAAAAUUAAUGUUCAUGGGGGAUAUUGAGGCCACACCUAGCUUGCAGCUACAAAACGGCUCCAAGAGCCGCAGAAGAAAGCAAUCCAACUCUCCGAGGACAACUCCGAGGGCCGCAGAUUCGCCCGCCAUGGGCACACGCCGCAGACUCGGCGACGCCACGGUCAAGGCAGAGGUCAACCUGGUAGAGCAAACGACGCCGAUAACGAUGGACAAGCAAGAUCCAGACUAUGUCCCAGAGAGGAGGCCUGCUGGGAGGCUGAAGAAGGCGAAGUGACUUGUACUGGAUCCUGUUCAUGGGUACACUUCUGCAAACUAGCUUCACGCGGGUGGAGGAGCUUGUUACCGUUGAUCCUGACUCUGAAGGUGGAUGGUGGCAAGAAAUCUGCAGUAUGGGAGGAUGAUGAACUGACAGGGCGACAGUGCUGCCAUGGAAUUUCAGUGAGGACUGGUCUGAAUCUCUUGUAGGGACGUAUGCCUGCUGGACAUGGGUUAUUUAGGUGUUUAGAGGGAGAAGGGAACCUGCCAUGUCACUAGUAGUAUAACCAAGUGGUUUAGUCGACUAAUGGCAUAGGGUGCACUGUAAAUCAUAGGAAUUCAGUUCCAUGUGUGACACUGCAUUUGUUCAGCCUUGAACUUCUCUCAUGGCUGCAGCUGUUUUCUGACACCGUCUCAUGCUCAUGUGCUUGUUUUUA